GUGUCCUUUAUAACAUCUCUGGGUAUCACUUUGUUUACAAAUAAUCUUUGAAAUUCUACCGUGGCUGUCUUGCUGAUCAGUGUGUGGCAGAGGGUGUGUAGGUGUUUGUUUUUGACAAUAGUUGGAACAACAUUUCUGUACAAAUGCCGGUAAGCAAUCUGUUGGAAUUAAAUCCUGAUAAACUAUUUGAAGAGCAUUCAAUUUCCGAAAUUCAAGAGAUCCAGAAAAAGCUGCAAACUGAAAUUGAUCGAAAACGAGAAGAACUGCGAACUAUGGUUGGUGAACGUUAUCGUGAUUUAAUUGAAGCAGCAGAUACUAUUGCUGAUAUGAAGGCCACAGCUGAAGGUAUAGUGUCACACAUUGAUAAGAUGACUGAUAAAUGCAAGCAGCUUCAGGAGCAACAACUUCUGGGUUUUACACCCUCAUCCAGCACCAAAUCUUCGUCGGGAUCUGCUUCUAAGAGUUCAUUCUAUUCAGUUGCUGUUCAGAUAAGAGUAUUGAUUGUUAUUCCCGAACAUAUAUGGAUAGCAUUUGAUGAGGAAAAUUACUUACGGGCGGCUCAACUUUUUCUUUUUGCAAGGCACCUGAACACAGGUCUUCAGUUACAGUCUGGUGGAGAUAGUGGAUUGUCAGGCAAGCAGAUAGAAUACUUAUUCCCAGUGGUAGAGCGUCAAUGGAGCACUAUAAGUGACUUCCUCCCAACCAUAUUGAAAAAUUGUGAGGAAAAGAUACAGAAACAGGAUGCUACAAAUGAUGAAGUGGCAAAAAGUCUUUGUGCUUUUGCUCUCCUUGAAGGUCUCAGUUCUCAGCAACUUCUCACUAGAUUUUUGGAGCUACGCACUCGAGCACUGCAAAGGACUUUCCAGUCAGAAUCGUAUACUAGUGUGAAAGCCUGUGUUCUAGAUAGUGUCAAAUUGUUGGUACAGACUUUCUCUCUUCUGCAAGCCUGUUUUGUAGGUACUUUAGAAGAUGGUGUUAUGCACGAAGGACUUAUUUACCAGAUCUUGAAAUCAAUUGUAGGGCAAGAUGCUCCUCCAUCCAUCAGUCUCAUUGAUUUAAGAGACACCAUUGGCUUUAAAUUGUUACCAUCAGUCAUUUUAGAAUUCAGGCCAUCAUCACCUCAGCAGGUGGAUCCUCUUCUGCCAGGAUUAAUCAAAGAGUCAUUAUCUUCAUGGGUGGAUGCUACACGAGAGUAUGUCUCUCAAGAAGUAACGAUGCUGCUAAAACUGGUGCGCACUUUGAGAGGUCUAGCUGCUGUCAGGGCAGGGCAUGCAGCCAUUUCUCAGGACCAUGCUGCUAUUUGCCGAUCACUACUUGUUCCACAGGGUGCAGAUCUUUGGGGAACAUUCUUUCGACCUUCAUUGUCAUCCUGUGCACACAGUCUUGUUGACCAACAGUGGUGCAGUGCACUGCAGAAAGUCAAGAGUGCAGUUGGAGCAGCAGUAAAGGACAUCACAUAUAUCAGGCUGCAUGAACCUGAACAAGAUUUACGCUGGUUUGUGUGGAAGGAAUGGGAAACUGAUCUUCCGCAAGCUGAUCAGGAAGCACCAGAUGGAAAAGGAUUGUUAAUGAAGGCAAAAGGUUACUCUCCUCGUAUUGAGAAACUGUGCUCCGAGUUUGAUUCUCAACUGGAGGGACUAUUGAAGGAUCUGAACCAUUACAUAGAGGAUCGUGACAGUACAAGCAUUUCAAAGAGUUUUGCUGAAUCUUCUGAAGAGCAUUCUGAUAGAAAAAAACUGCAAGAGCAUCUUCAGAAAUGUAGUCUGGAUAACAUGAAGCAGCUGGUGAAUUACGUCCUGGAGAAACAGUCCAAUGAUAGUGAUGGGAAUCCACUGCUCCUGGCACGAUUCCUACAAGCUAUGUGUGAUCUCUGCCCACACUUACAGCAGUGUUUGAUGCCUCAGAGCUGUCGGAUAUCUGUGCACUCGUCAGAUGGCCCACAGGAAGUAACACCAUGGCAAGAAGUGUGCAAUUUGUUGAAACAAGAAAGUCUACUAUUGUGGAACAGGUGGAAGGAAUGUACUUCAAAAAGAAUACAGAAACUCGUGGGUGACACUUUGUUCUUUCCCACAAACUUGGAAAAAUUGAUGUGCCUCAUGCCUCAAUGGGAUGUUGUGACAAUCGAAGAGGAAGGAGAGGGAGGACAUAGAGUCCAGUCAAAAAUCAGAGUGCCUUCCCAGCCGAGCCUGCCGUUGCAGACAUUACUGAACAAUGUUUGCCAUGAAGUAAAUGCCGUGGCUCCGCACACAUUGCCUAGGAAGAUUCAUCAAGACUUGGUUGAAUGUAUAAUUGGACUUAUUUUCGACUUCUAUAAAACCACUAUGAAUACAAAACCACUGAGUCAGGCACAAUCGUUGCAAUUUUUACUUGAUGUUAAAUACCUGACACUCCUACUAGUUCCCAGAGACAACAAGGUGUUAAUGGGGUGUUCGCAAGAAUUGUGUGAAAAAUUGGAAAGUGAAGUUGAUCCAUUUGAUUUAGAUGUGUUCUCUCCUUAUGUUCAAAACAACAUUAAAAGAAGUGUUCAGAGAACACAGGGCCUACUGGGAAUUCUCGUGGCUUGGCCUGAGAAGUUAUGCCACACGGCACCGGUCAGAGGUCAGGGAAGUAGUGGCAGCUCUGCAUCCGGACAGACUGGUGGCAUAGAUGAUCCAAGUGUGCUUCCCCUGGGCCCCACAGCCCAGUGGUUCCCUCUGCUGCCAGUCACGGGCCCAGCAUCUGGGUCACGCCUCAGCGCAACUGGAGCUGCACCAGUCAUUGCUGCUGGUGCUGCCACUGUCCAGCAGGUUGACAAGUCUCAGUAUUUUCGCCUAUAAGAAGUUGACGGAGCCCCAUUUAUAGCCAAAGAAAGCAUCCACUCCAAAGCAGAAGAUUGAUCCCUCACCAGGGGAUAUUGUCCGGUCUGGUGCAGCAGCAUUCUUUGGUGCUAUGAGCACUGAUUGGUUCGGAUAAACCACAUAAUUCAUGUUUCUUGUAACCAAAGAGAAAGAAAUGUCAUGCCAUUACAAGUUAAUCAAAUUGUUACAGAACUGCACAGGCUGUAAUUCUUGUACAGGACUGUUAAUAUUAUGGUGAAAUAGCUUUAAACUUGUACACAACUGUUAAUACUGUUUCCGUGUGCACUGUAGUGCAUUGCAGUACCUGUUUUCUGAGUAAUAAACAUUUACAUUGUUCUCAA